AUGUAUCACUGGACUGUGCCUAUAAUCAGUGUCAUUUUAAUUUUCAGCUAUGCUAUUCCUGGAUGGUGUAACAGAUUCCAAUGCCAAUGGAGGCAAAUAGGUGUUGAUCUAACAACUGUCAAGAAGAUUCUUCAGAAAAGUAAAUACUGGAACUAUCAUAAAGAAUUAACACUUUACACUGCUAGUCCAAGCCAUGUUGAUACAUGUAGAAAUUCAAUUCUGCAUUGCUAUGUUCAGGAACUUCAAACCAUUGUAGAAGAAAUUACUCUAAUAGGAGAUAAGGAUGCAGCCAAUGACAUAACUUUUCUAAUUCAUAAUAUAGAAACCAAUGGGAAUCUUUCUUCUUUGCAGGAAGAUAACUGUAAGGAUUGUGAAGAGUAUGAAGAAAAGGAUUUGGAAAAGUUUAUAGAAGGCUUUACAGCACUUGCUCAACAAAUGCAAACCCUAUAA